AUGUUCGAUCCCAUGCACGAAGAUGAAGAAGAGUACUGCUACUCGGACCCAGCUUCUUCUUACGGUGAUGAUCCAGUAGAAAGCAGCAGCUCUUCAAGAAAUCGCGGAUUGAUCCUUCAAGUCCGUGAACCCACUCCAGAAGAUGUUUCUUCCUUGAUGUUCUUGGGAACAGCUAUUUCAUCAUCAAAAAAGCCUUCAUCAUCAUCAUCAUCAUCAACCACUACCACACAGGACCCUCUCUCGGAACAAGAAACCAAUGAUCUUCUUCACCGUUUACCUCCCAUUCAAGCCUCUAGCAAUAACUCUCAGGAUUUCUUCAUGAUGAGAGAGAAAUCUCUCAAACCUCCUUGUGCCGCUGAGACCAUUCAUCAGAUCUUUCCUCCCGAACAAUUGGAGAAACCAGAACAAUUGAAACUCGAGGAGGAAGCCUUGAAUGGUUCCUCUCUCCGAGUGCUGAGAUAUUUGCCUGAAGGGAAAAUGGAUCGAUCCGUUCCUCAUAUCAGCAUGACCUUCUCUCAACCCAUGAUUGAGUUGUCGAGUGUGGAGAAUGUAGAGAGCGUGAAUGUUUUGGACUUUAUUGAAAUUAACCCCAUGCCAAAGAAUGGUGGAAGACUCAAGUGGAUGGGCACUCGAACUGUCUUGUUUGAACCUUUGUAUCGAUUUGACAUGUCCACACGAUACACAGUCACUAUUAAGGCUGACAAGGUCAAGUCUGUCAUUGGUGGAGUGAUGGAGAAGGAUGUUGUUUUUACAUUUGAAUCACCACGAUUGGCCAUGUUAAAAAGAGUUCCAAAUUCAUCCAUCGUUCCUCUGAAUGAGUUUCCAAUCUUCUAUAUGGAAUUUGAUCAGGAGAUUGAUCCUGCUGUGUUGAUGAAUCAUAUUGCCGUCAAUAGUGGUUACAGAGCUCAAUUGGUGCUUAAUGAUGGUCGUUCCGAUAAGAAUGAGCAAGUGAAAAAGUUCAUUGAGAACUUGUUGAAUGAGUACAAUAUGAAAAAACGAAAUCUCUCGCUCUAUGAGGAGGUGAUGUAUAGCUUGAACAAUGCUCCUCCCAAUCGACACUUGUGGUUCAUGAUCGAUGUCAAUUCAAAGAGAGUGUCACUUUCAGAGUCUGUGCAAGUUGUUUUGCGUGCUGGAGCCACCUCAUCUGAAGGCAAUCUUCCAACCGAGGCUGAUAUUAGUUUCUCGGUGCGAAAUUAUGCUCCUUUCACUGUCCAAAAUACCUACGGUGGUACAAAGCCCUUAGAAGCCUUCCAAUUCGUAUUCUCUAAUAGUAUUGAUUAUGAAGAGCUCCAAGAAGCUCAUGUCAAGGCAAUGCCAAGCAUUGAAAGAUUUGAACUUCAACCCUCCUCGACCAGUUUGUAUGUGAAAGGAAAGAUUUUGGGAAGAACAGAAUAUGUGGUCGAGUUGAGUGAAGACAUGCGUGAUGUGUACGGACAGAAAUUACAAGGAAAUCGAACAUUUAAAUUCAAUGUUGGAGGUGCAGCUCAAAGCUUGAGUGCCUUCCAGACGGGUCUCAUUGUCUUGGAUCCAACAGUGAAUACGAAACCUGUGUAUUCUGUAUUCUCUGUAAAUCUGAAUGCUAUUCAUGUGCAAGUGUAUCAAGUGACACCUGCAAAUUAUAGUAGCGACUUGUUCUAUGUGGAUACAUACUCACACUCUGUAAAGACUUUCCCUGGAAAGAAAGUUAUGGAUUCAACCAUUAACACCAAUGGAAAACAAGACGAACCAACAAUUACUGAAAUUGAUUUGUCCCUCUAUUUACAAUAUCCAAAAGAAAAUCUUGGACAGCUGUUGGUGUUUGUCGAGCCUGAUAAAAGCUCUUGGAAUGGAGAUUGGAGAUACAGACCAACAUUUGUUUCCUGGAAUCAAGUCACCAAAAUUGCACUCGAUGGUUUUUAUGACGCCGUAGGGGGCAACAUCUAUUGUUGGGCAAACUCUUUGAGUGAUGGCUCUAUUUUGAAGGAAGGAAUAACUUUCAGACAGUCAAGAAUAUCAACCGAUUUUAAGCCAAAUAACACUACUGGUGUUGCCACCAUUGCUCACAACUAUGAUGGUCCAAUAACCAUGACUGCAAAUCUAGGUCAUGAUUGUUGCUUUGUUCCAGAUUUGUAUCUGUAUUAUAAUAAGAAAAAUGGAUGGUUGGCAUAUAACAUGUUCAAUGAUCGAGGCCUCUACAAACCAAAUGAGGAAAUUUUCAUUAAGGGUUAUGCUCGUGACAUUACGAUUGAGCAAUAUGGCCAACGCUACAAAGUGCAACUUCCAAAGAAGGGUACUUACAAAUACAUAGUAACUGACUCUCGUGGAGCCAAGUAUCAUGAAGGCACUCUAAACAUUUCAGAGAGCGGAUCUUUUGAUGUGAAAUUCAAGAUUCCAGAUAAUGUCAAUCUUGGAAAUCAUGUACUGAGAGUGGACAGUCUAGGUAUGGACACAACCUUCAAAGUUGAGGAGUUUAGAACACCAGAGUUUACAGCCUCAACAUCCAUCCCUCAGCUGAGAUAUGUGGUGAAUGGUGUUACUAUUUGCAAGACAAAGGCAGAAUAUUAUUCAGGAGGCUCUUUGUCAGGAUCAAAGUGUCAGUAUAUUGUCAAGCAAUCUGAAACUAGCUACUCCCCUCCUAAUUUCUCUGAUUAUUCCUUUGGUACAGAAAUUUACAACCCCUUCUAUAGCUAUUAUGGUUAUAGCAGCAGCAAUGAUUUCUUUGUUCCUCCACCUCCUGUUAAGUUCGAAGGAAUCAUUGACGGAGAGGGCCAACACGAACUGGCAAUAUCAUUUAAGGAAAGUGAGAGACCAAAAAAGAGCCCAAUCAAUGUCACUGUAGAAUCUAUUGUACAAGACAUUAAUCGCCAAACCAUGUCGAGCACAUCAUCGUUUUUGGUUCAUCCAUGUAGAUUGUAUUGUGGAUUGAAAUUGGAAAAGAUAUUCACAAAACCAAAAGUACCUGUGAACCUUUGUCUUGUAUGCUGUGAUAUUGAAGGUAAUACUGUCGAAAAUAUUGAUAUGGAGCUCGUUGUUAAGACCAAGGUUGAAAAGAAAAAAGGCUAUUCGAUUGUUCACGAAGAUGUGGAGGUUUUGAAAACCACAAUCAAAUCUCAAAAGGAACCCAUCAAGUAUCCUGUAAGCUUUGAUAAGGGUGGAAAUUAUGUGUUUACUGUGACCAUUAAGGAUCCAGAGUCUCACUUGACAAAUACUUGCUCUGGAUCUCUGUACAUUACUGGAGGAUCAAAGAGUAAGAAGGACGUGGUGGGAAGUCGCCUUGUAAAACAGAAUGUCCUCAUGGUUCCAGACAAGACAGAGUAUGAGGUUGGCGAUGAAGCGAAAAUUAUCAUUCAAUCUCCUUUCGAUUCAGUUACCACUGGACUUGUCACACUUCGCUUGAACUCUGUAACUGAAACUUACCCAAUCACCAUUGAUCCAAACAUUGGAUCUCUUGAAUUCACAAUUCCUAUCAAGAAGGAAUACGUUCCCAAUGUCAUGGCCUCUGUGUCACUCCAAGGAAGCGAAUUGCGGGUUGACUCCCUUGGUAAUAUCUGUACAUCAAGUCCUAAUCAACCAGCGUAUGGAGGAGGUGAAUGUCGACUGAAUGUUUCACGUAGACAACACCUAUUAAUUGUUGAAGCAAUUCCAGAAAAGCAAUUUGUGACACCUGGAGUUUCAACAUUUAUUGAUGUUGUUGUAAAAGAUGUAGUCACAAAGAUACCUCAAGCAAAUUCUGAGGUGUGCGUCAUUGCUGUGGAUGAAGCAGUACUCGCCCUUACUGGUUAUCGAAUUUCAAAUCCUAUGAGCUCCUUUAUUAUGGAUUAUAGCGGUGGUUUUCAGGAAUUUUCUGUCAGAGAUUAUGUAUUUGUUAAGAAUAAUUUGGACGAUAUUUAUGUAGAGGCAAAGAACGACUGCACUGAUGAUUGUGAUGAGAACGAAGAUGAUAACGAUCGUGAUGGUUUUGGAGGUUGUUACUGUGCCGAAUGUGAAGAGUGUUGUUUGGACUGUUGUUGCAAAUCUUGCUGUUCUAAUGCCAGACGCAACAGCAUGAGCAGAGAAAAGGGAGAUGGUGUAAUGUAUGACGAUUGUGAACCUGAAGAAAAUGAAGGUGGUGAGGCUCCUACUAAAACUAAAAAACCAGCCAUCGCUCUCAGAAAGAACUUUAAUCCUGUUGCUGUAUUCAGCCCAGUUAGUGUGACUGAUUCAGAUGGUAAGACUCGAGUGCAUUUCACCCUACCAGAUAAUUUAACUAGAUACAGAGUGACUGCUGUUGCAAUUCAAGGGGAUGACUUGUUUGGAUUGGCAGAAAUCUCUAUUGUGGCACAACUACCUUUAGCCAUCCGACCAUCACUUCCACGAUUUUUAAAUUUUGGAGAUCGUGCUGAAUUUACAUGUAUCUUGCAAAACCAAACGAUGGCCAAUUUGAGUGUCCAUAUUGCUAUUGCGUAUACAGGUUUGGAAUUGUUGGAUUCCUCAAAGAGAGGUUUGAGAGUCCUCAUUCCAGCCUUACAGAGGGCAGAACUACGAUUCCCAAUGCAAGCCGUUCAAAUUGGUGUUGCCAAAUUCCAAGUGGGUGUUUCUGUGAGCGAUUCAUUCAUCAACUUCUCGGAUGCAGUUGAGAAAGAAGUACGAGUUUUCACACCAGCCACCACCGAGGCCUUUGCACACUACGGAGAAAUGGAUGGCACUUGUAACAUGUUCCAACCCGUCAAAAUUCCCGACCAAGUGUAUCCACAAUUUGGUGGCUUGCAAAUUACUACCAGCAGUACCUCUCUUGCUUCUCUCACCGAUUCAUUCCUUUAUUUGUAUAAUUAUCCAUUUGAUUGUACUGAGCAAUUGUCAAGUCGAGUGUUGUCUAUUGUUGCCUUGAAAGAUGUUCUUUAUGCUUUUAAGGCCAAUGAUAUGCCAAAUGAGAGCACGUUACUGAAGAAACUAGAAAGCAUGUUGUCCAUUCUGUAUGGAAGACAACAUCCAAAUGGUGGAUAUGGAUGGUGGACGUAUUCCAAUGGUUGUGAAACGAGCCCAUAUUUGUCUUGUCAUGUUGGACAUGCCUUUGCGAGAGCCAAGCAAGCAGGUUUCACUUUGAAUGAGACUUGUGUCACAAAGCUUUCAAAAGUUCUCUCAAAUAUUCACAAUUACUUUUACAGCUAUUAUUCAGAGGAAGCGAAGAGAAGUAUUCGUGCAUAUGCGUAUUAUGUAUUAGGACUGUUAGGAGAUUCUAACGCAGCCAAAUUGGCUGAAUCCUUAUAUAAGGAAUGUGGUGGUGUGAGUGGAAUCCCAUUAGACUGCUUAGCAUGGAUAGCAACUACCAUCUUUUUAGGAAAUCGUUCAAAUGUGACUUCGACUGUCUCUGAAAUUUUGAACUACAUGCUCAUGCAAAUCAAUGAAACACCACAAACUGCUAACUUUGUUACCAAGUACGGAGAUGAUGUAACUUCCAAACAAAUCAUGCUUCAUAGCGACAGAAAGGUGGAUGGAAUUUGCUUGGAGGCACUUAUUACCAUUUCACCAAAGAAUGACUUGAUUGCAAAGGUCGUGAAAGGAUUGUUAGCUCACAAAAAGAAAGGAAGAUGGAGCAAUACACAAGAAAAUGUGUUCAUAUUACUGGCUCUUAACACCUAUUUCCAUGUGUUUGAGGGUGUCACUCCACAAUUCGUUGUCAAAAUGUGGUUGGGAGAUGAUUUCUGUGGCGAACAAAAGUUCCAUGGUCGCAAUAAGGAUGAAAAUAUGCUGAGCAUUCCAAUGAUGCAGUUAGAAGGAGAGGGUACCUCAAAGACAUUGGUUCUCUCAAAGGAAGGUCCAGGAAGACUUUAUUAUCGACUUGCAAUGGAUUACGCACCAAAGAAUUUAUUGCUACCACCAUUAGAUUAUGGAUUCCAAAUCCAAAGAACCUAUGAAGGUGUCACUGAUGCAUCUCAUGCCCAAUAUGAUAAGGAGAAAAAUUGUUGGAAAUUCAAAGCUGGAGAAAUGAUUCGUGUGAAAAUUAAUAUCACCACCACUUCACGGCGUUACCAUGUGGCAUUGGUGGACUUUUUACCUGCUGGAUUGGAAGCUUUAAAUCCUGAAUUGAAAGGGGCUCCUCAGGCUGCUAAAAGUCAUCACCGUUGGUGGGACUGGCCAUGGUACGAACAUCAAAAUAUUAGAGAUGAAAGAGUUGAAGCAUUCUCUAGUUUGGUGUGGGAAGGAAAUUACUCGUUCAAUUAUAUGGCUCGUGCGACAAGUAUUGGAAGUUUUGUCAUUCCACCUGCAAAGGCUGAAGAAAUGUAUAGCCCUGAAAUAUUUGGUCGUUCCUCCACCAUGUUUGCAGAAGUUUAUGAGUAG